AUGGGAGGAAUCCGUGAAAAGAAAGCUGAAUACUUCUCCAAGUUGAGAGAGUACUUGGAAGAAUACAAGUCCGUCUUCGUUGUUGGUGUCGACAAUGUCACUUCUCAACAAAUGCACGAAGUCAGAAAGGAAUUGAGAGGCAAAGCCGUCGUUCUUAUGGGUAAGAACACCAUGGUCAGACGUGCCAUCAGAGGUUUCAUCUCUGACUUGCCAGACUACGAAAAGUUGUUGCCUUUCGUCAGAGGUAACGUUGGUUUCAUCUUCACCAACGACUCUUUGAAGGACAUCAAGGAGGUCAUCAUUGCCAACAAGGUUGCUGCUCCAGCCAGAGCCGGUGCCAUCGCUCCAGAAGAUAUCUGGGUUCAGGCCGUCAACACUGGUAUGGAACCAGGUAAGACCUCUUUCUUCCAAGCUUUGGGUGUCCCAACCAAGAUUGCCAGAGGUACCAUUGAAAUUGUUUCUGACGUCAAGGUCGUCGAAGCUGGUAACAAGGUCGGUGCUUCCGAAGCCUCUUUGUUGAACUUGUUGAACAUCUCUCCUUUCACUUACGGUUUGAAGAUUGUUCAAGUUUACGACAACGGUCAAGUCUUCCCAUCCUCCAUCUUGGAUAUCACCGAUGACGAAUUGGUCUCUCACUUUGUCUCCGCUGUGAACACCAUUGCUUGUAUCUCUUUGGCUGUUGGUUACCCAACCUUGCCAUCUGUUGGUCACUCCAUUGUCAACUCCUACAAGGACUUGAUGGCUGUUGCCAUCGCUGCCAACUACAUCUACCCAGAGAUCGAGGAAUUGUUGGACAGAAUUGAAAACCCUGACAAGUACGCUUCCGCUGCUCCAGCUGCUGCUGCUGCUGCCUCUUCUGAUGCUCCAGCUGAAGAAGCUGCCGAAGAAGAGGAAGAAGAAUCCGACGACGACAUGGGUUUCGGUUUGUUCGAUUAA